CUCUCUCAAAGACACAACACAAGCAAGAUGGCGACUACACACGAGGCAGAGGCCUUGAUCACCUCCCACGACCCUCAUCACCCCGCGAACCUCAUCUGCGAGCUUUGCAAGAAGUUCUAUACUCUUGGAUGGCGAAUAUUUCUCGAAACUAGCACUUACACCGUGUUCAGGNUCACUGGAACCGGCGGUGGUACCUCAAUUCGUGAUGGCGAACGCAUCUACAUUGCCCCUUCGGGCGUCCAGAAGGAGCUCAUGAAGCCCCAAGACUUGUUCGUUAUGGACUAUGCGACCCGGGAGUACUUGCGCAGACCACCGGUGCUGAAGCCAUCAGCAUGUACGCCUCUCUUCAUGGCUGCCUUCACAUUGCGCGACGCAGGUUGCUGCAUCCACACACAUAGCAAGGACGCCGUACUUGUGACACUGCUCUGCGAAGCCGCCGGCACCGACGUCUUUGAGAUCCAGAAACUCGAGCAAAUCAAGGGUAUUCCCAAAGGCUACGGCGAGGGAAAGAAGGGAAACCUUGGAUACCACGAUCGUCUUCGCAUUCCCAUCAUUGAUAACACUGCACACGAGGAGGACUUGAAGGAUACACUUGAAGAUGCCAUCAAGCAGUGGCCUGACACCCAUGCUGUUCUGGUCAAGAGACAUGGAAUUUAUGUUUGGGGCAAGGAUGUUGCUCAAGCAAAGACUCAGUGUGAGAGUCUCGAUUAUAUUUUCCAGCUUGCAGUCGAGAUGCAUAAGCUGGGCUUGCCAUGGAUCCCAAAAUAA